UGUGUGUGUGUGGGCGCGCUGCUGCCACGGAGGAAUUGAUGACGUAAGUGUUCCCAAUCACAUCGUCUGUGACUGCGAGGAAGGAGCUUGCUCGCAUUAAGGAAGAUUUAAGGAAGAUUUAAGGAAGAUUUAAGGAAGAUUUAAGGAAGAUUUAAGGAAGAUUUAAGGAAGAUUUAAGGAAGAUUCUUCUCUCCAACUCCUGCUGCUCCAAGUCUGGGAGGAGGGAGCCUGAACGCCACACUCCAGGAGAGAGAAGUUCAAUGACAGGGAUGGAAGGGAGGAAAUGAACUGCAGCUGCACAGAUGUCCGAGGGUGAAAAUAAUGGGAGGCUGUAAAGAAUUCCUGGAAUAAGAAAGUGAAGUUGUAGCAAAUGAAUAGUGAAGCCAAGAUAAUGGAGCAGCCGGCCAACAGCAACCACAACCACGCCUCGUGGAAAGAGAUUCCCUGGGACUUCACGGAGGACUGUUCGCUGUCGCUGAGCGCCACCACCUUCCUCAUCGUGGCCUACAGCGCCGUCCUGGCGGUGGGUCUGCUCGGGAACUCUUGUCUGGUGUUUGUCAUUGCCCGGCACAAGGAGAUGCGCAACGUCACCAACGUCCUCAUCGCCAACUUAUCCUUUUCCGACAUUCUCAUGUGCAUGGUGUGCCUGCCGGUCACCAUCAUCUACACCCUGAUGGACCGCUGGAUCCUGGGGGAGACUCUGUGCAAACUCACGCCCUUCAUCCAGUGUAUAUCGGUCACCGUCUCCAUCUUCUCCCUCAUCCUCAUCGCCAUGGAGCGCUACCAGCUCAUCGUCCAUCCCACCGGAUGGAAGCCGGUGGUCAGGCAAUCCUAUCUGGCGGUGGCGCUCACCUGGAUCUCGGCCUGCCUGAUCUCAGUGCCUUUCCUCAAGUACAGCAUCCUUACCUUGCCUUUCCAGAACCUCAGCGCCCCCUUCCCAGUCAAUGACCAACUGGUUUGUAUGGAACGGUGGCCGUCCGUGAAGGCUCGGCGAGCUUACACCACCUCUCUGCUCAUCUUCCAGUACUUCCUCCCUCUGGCCCUCAUCAUGCUGUGCUACCUGCACAUCUACCUGCGACUCAGACGGAGGAAGGACAUGGUGGAGCGCAGCAGGAAUGCCACGGAACGGAAAACCAAAGGCUCCACCAGGAUCAAUAUCUUGUUAACCGCCAUCGUGGUGGCCUUCGCGCUUUCCUGGCUGCCGCUCAACAUCUUCAACACGGUGUUCGACUGGAACCACGAGGCCAUCCCGUCCUGCGGCCACGAUAUCAUCUUCUCCUUCUGCCACCUCGUCGCCAUGGCGUCCACCUGCAUCAACCCCGUCAUCUACGGCUUCCUCAACAACAACUUCCAGAAACAGCUCAAGUCCACCCUGCUGCAUUGUCGCUGCUGGGGGGCGGCGGAGCGCUACGAGAGCGUGCCGCUCUCCACUGUCAGCACUGAGGUCACCAAGGGUUCGGUCUUGAGCAAUGGCUCCAGCAGCUUCAAUACAUAAAGCAAAGACUACCUCUUGCUUGCAUUCUUUGGAGCGUUUUGUUGACGUUGACAAGUGAAGCAUGACCUCGAAUUACUGCGGCUGUCAACUACAAGAGGAAGUCCAUGACAAAAUGAUGGCACAAAGUUGAAAGUGGCUUGAAAAGAAACACUCCACAUAAGAACUGCGCUCUGUACAGUUCUGUGGGACCAUCAUGUGUUUAUGACAGUGAAGACCAUCCUUACAAAUAUCCUUUCUUUCAUGCCAGUACCGAUACAUUCCUGCUUCUCAUUCUAUUAUUCCAUUGCAAAUGUGGCUAGUUUGUGCACACUCGGAGGUAAGAAAGAGUCAAAGAAUAGCGGCUUAAAAAAACUAGACCUGUAUAUUAGGGAUAGGGGAUAUGGCCUAGAAACUAUAUCGCCAUAUAUAUUGAAGCCUCCUGCGAUAACGAUAUACAAUUUAGUAUAUAAAUGAUAACAGUUGUAUUAUUUUAUCAAAACUUUUAAUUUAGUGUUAACAGCUGAUUACUUGGUUUUAUCUCCACUACUGUUCAAAUGUUGUUUGAUAAUUCAAUUAGUUUUGCACGAUACUACAAAUGUGGUUAUUGAUCUAAUACCAAGUAGUUACAGGGCCAUACUGAUACUUUAAAUCAGAGGUCCACAAAACUUUUUAACUCGGGGGCCGCAUUGGGAUAAAACAAUAAACAAUGUGG